CGCUGCGGAGCGACCGGCGAGCAACCGCCUGAGGCCUCGAAGCGUGCCGAGGGAGGCUGUCCGGCGCCCCGGCCCCAGGUUUUGGCAGUUGUAUCGCCGGAGGUGAAAUGUGGCUCUCCGGGCACCGUCUGACUCUUCUUCCUUCGAAAGACACGCCUCCCUGCAAAAAAGACACAGUAACGCUGCUGCCAUGUAGUGAGUUUGGGCCACGGAUUCAGCACUACGCUCGGCAUAUCCGUGUACUUCCUUCGCUCAUGAACCGUCCUAAAUAUGUAUUAUGAACAACGUCUAAGAGUAGAAUACGUAAUUUUUACUGAAUGCUUCUGUGUACCAGGAUCUAAGAGCACCUAGGAAUCUUGGGAAACCAAAAUGAGACAUAAUCAGCUGUGUUGUGAGACACCUCCUACUGUCACUGUUCAUGUAAAAUCAGGGUCAAAUAGAUCACAUCAGCCUAAAAAACCCAUUAAUCUGAAGCGUCCUAUUUUUAAAGAUAGUUGGCCAGCAUCUGAAAAAAAUGCACAUAAUAGCAACAAGUCUAAACGCCCCAAAGGACCCUGUCUAGUUAUACAGCGACAGGAAAUGACUGCUUUCUUUAAAUUAUUUGAUGACGAUUUAAUUCAAGAUUUCUUGUGGAUGGACUGCUGCUGUAAAAUUGCAGACAAGUAUCUUUUGGCUAUGACCUUUGUUUAUUUCAAGAGAGCUAAAUUUACCAUAAAUGAGCAUACCAGGAUAAAUUUCUUUAUUGCUCUGUAUCUGGCUAAUACAGUUGAAGAAGAUGAAGAAGAAUCCAAAUAUGAGAUUUUUCCAUGGGCUUUAGGGAAAAACUGGAGAAAAUUGUUCCCUAAUUUCUUAAAAUUAAGGGACCAACUCUGGGAUAGAAUUGACUAUAGGGCUAUUGUAAGCAGGCGAUGCUGUGAGGAGGUUAUGGCUAUUGCCCCAACCCAUUAUAUAUGGCAGCGGGAACGCUCUGUGCAUCACAGUGGAGCUGUUAGAAACUACAACAGAGAUGAAGUUCAACUGCCCCGAGGACCUAGUGCCACCCCAGUAGAUUGUUCACUCUGUGGUAAAAAAGGAAGAUAUGUUAGACUGGGAUUGUCUUCAUCAUCUUCAUCCAGUGAUACAGUAGAGGUGAUGGAGAAACAUUCUCAGGAAUCACACAAGUCAAUGGACAUAGUAGUCAAUCCUUCUCAAGCUUAUAGCUAUUCUCAAGCCAACGACCAUCAAUCAGACAAAGAAAAGAAAACUAAUUUUAUGAAGAAAGACAAAUCUAUGGAGUGGUUUACAGGAAGUGAAGAAUGAAAU